UAGGGUCGAAUUGCGAAUGGGGGCAAGCAUAGAGCCGGUUUAGGAAGUAUCCGUCGCAUCCGAUUGCCUCUUAUACUGGCGUAACAUCUUUGCUUGCAGAAGCAGAGAGUACCGAGUACAUACAUACGGGACGGACAGCAGAGAAGACAGAAGGGAAAAAGCAGGAGACCAAGAUACAAGUGAUAGAGCGCCGUGUUGUUCUUUUCGAGAGUUUUGCACUGUCUUAACGAGUGUUCGAGGAGCUUGAUCCUUGCGCCUUCAAGAAGAAAGCAGAAGUACGAGGUUUGUAAUCGAAUGCUCGCUUGGAUCGAGGACUAAAGAAGCCGGUGGUCGACGGAUGGGAGAAUUUCGUGAAGGCAGUGUAAAAUAAACUGUGAAACGCACGAAGCGCAAGAAGAGCAGGAGAAAGAGAAGAGAAGCUCCGGAUACGAUGAUGGAAGGAAGCGGCGGGGCCGUGUGAAUGGCCGGCCUUCCUUCCCAGCAGCCUCAAGGCCCUGCGGCAGGCCGUGGCCGUGGAAUGACAGUUCCCGCGUGGAUGAAAGGCCCUAGUCCCCCUGCAGCUUCUCCAACAUCAGGUCCUCCUCAAGCCCAUAUUCCUGGCAACACACCACCUUCUGGACCUUUGCCGCCACCACGAAUGCCUGGACUUGGGCCAUCAGGGGCUCCGCCUAAUUAUGGAGUCCCACAAAUGCAGUUUCGUCCACAAGGUCCACCUCAACCAGGUCAACAGUUCAUGCCUUCUGGUGGACAGCAGUAUCGUCCAGCGGGACCUCCGCCGGGCAUGGGUCCUCCUCAACAUGGAAUGCCUCCAAACAUGCAGGGAAUGGGCCCUCAACAAGGCAUGCCUCCAUCCUCGCAGCCAUCACAGUAUUCGCCUUCACCCAUGCAGCAAAUGCUUCCAAGACCACCUCAACAACCCCAGCCUCCCCAGUCAUCACAAGGUCCUCCUAUGUCUUACCCACAACAGGCGCGGCCGAUGGCAGGCGGACCACCACCUCAGCAACAGCCUCAACCACAUGGGAUGCCCCCACCGUCAGGACCUGGCAACCCUGGAAUGCAACCACCUUCUUCUUUUGGUUUUAAUUCGUCAUUGCCUUAUCCCCAAGCCCCGAACUCUUAUGGUAUGACGCCACCCCAUUAUCAAAGUCCAAUGCAGCCUCAGUCUAUUCAACCUAUGCAACAAAGUAGUCAGCCAUGGCCUAUGAUACCUGGCCAAAGUAUGCCUCCAGCUCUUCCUCAGGGUCUUCAAGCAGCUGCCCAGCCGCCUCCGGCAGGAGCAUCUUCCUUACCUGGUGCCACUGCUCUUUCGGCUCAGUCAAGCGUUCCUGGACCUUCUGACUGGCAAGAGCAUACAGCUCCAGACGGCAGAAGGUAUUAUCACAAUAAGAGGACGAAGUUAUCUAGCUGGGAGAAGCCAGUCGAACUUAUGACACCAACCGAGCGUGCAGAUGCUUCAACUGUUUGGAAAGAGUUUACGACAGCAGACGGACGGAAGUAUUACUACAAUAAGAAUACGAAACAGUCAAAGUGGACGAUGCCAGACGAGAUGAAGUUGGCGCGAGAGCAGGUGGAUAAGUCGACAGCAACCACUACGUCUGGAUCCUCAGUCGCUGAAGUUGUGCCCCCGUCGGUCACUCUUGGAACCACACCCACUGGAACCAAUCCAGUUUCUUUUCUUCCUCCUGCGGCAUCUCCGAAGCCCAGUGUUAUUGUAAACCCUAGUCCAGUCUUCUUGACUCCACCUGUAGCACUACCUAUUGCACCACCUGUUACAACAGUACCUGCUUUUACGUCCUCCACACCAAGCGGCAUUCCCCCCUCUGUUGCAGCUCUCCCAGCGGAGUCCGUUAAGGAGGAUUCAGUUGAAACUAGUGCGAAAGAGGAAGCAGAGGAAACGUCAGCACAAGAUCUCGAGGAGGCCAAGAAAGCUAUGCCAUUAACUGGGAAGAUUAAUAUCACUCCUUUCGUAGAAGAGAAGCCUUCUCCAGUUGCCGAGGAACCUUUGACAUACGCUAAUAAGACGGAAGCAAAGAAUGCCUUCAAGGAGCUGCUUGAGUCUGUUCACGUUGAGUCCGAUUGGACUUGGGACCAGGCUAUGCGGGUCAUAAUCAACGAUAAACGGUAUGGAGCUUUGAAAACUCUCGGUGAACGCAAACAAGCUUUCAAUGAGUAUUUAGCACAACGCAAGAAGUUGGAAACCGAAGAGAAGCGACUGAAACAGAAGAAGGCUCGUGAGGACUUUUUGGCCAUGUUAGAGGAGUCAAAAGAACUGACGUCAUCCAUGCGAUGGAGCAAAGCCUUGACCUUGUUCGAGGAAGACCCACGUCUACAGGCUGUUGAGAAGGAUCGAGAACGUGAAGAACUUUUCGAGGACUAUCUUGUUGACUUGGAGCGAAAGGAGCGGGAGAAGGCUAGGGAAGAGAGGAAGAAAAAUCUGGCUGAGUAUCGAUCUUUCUUAGAAUCUUGUGAUUACAUCAAGGCAAAUACUCAGUGGAGAAAAGUUCAGGACAAGCUAGAAGACGAUGAGCGUUGCUCUCGUCUAGACAAGAUUGAUCGGCUGGAGACAUUUCAGGAAUACAUUCGCGACCUGGAAAAAGAGGAAGAAGAGGAGAAGAAACUUCAGAAGGAACAACUCAGACGCAAAGAGCGGAAAAACCGGGAUGAUUUUCGGAAUCUCAUGGAAGAGCAUAAGGUGGCGGGCACGCUUAAUGCACGAACUCAGUGGCGGGACUAUCUUGUGAAGAUCAAAGAUCGGGUUGAGUACCAAGCUGUCGCUGCCAAUACCUCGGGUUCCACGCCGAAGGAACUGUUUGAGGAUUUCGCGGAGGAACUUGACAAGCAGUAUCACGAGGAUAAGGUGAGGGCGAAGGAAGCGAUGAAGGCCGGGAAGAUCUCUGUAACGUCGACGUGGAACUUCGACAAGUUUAAGGCUGCAAUAGCCGAAGCAGGUGACUUGGAGGCGAUAGCUGAACCAAACCUUAAGCUCGUGUUUGAUGAUCUACUGGAGAGAGCGAAGGAAAAGGACGAGAAGGAAGCCAAAAAGAAGCGACGGAUGCUUGAUGAUUUGACAGAUGUAUUAAGAACAAUGAAGCAAGUAACCGCUUCUUCAAAAUGGGAAGAGUGCAGACCACUGCUGGAGGAAACUCCAGAGUUCAGAGCUUUCACCGAGGAAUCUUCUCGGAAGAAGGUUUUUGAGGAUUAUGUUACUCACCUGCAGCAGAGAGCGAAGGAAAAGGAUCGGAAACGUGAGAAGGAAGAGAAGGCUAAGAAGGAGAAAGAGAAGGAGAAGGAGAAGGAAAGAGAGAGGCGGAAGGAGAAAGAUAAGGACAAGGACAAGGACAAGGACAAGGACAAAGACAAAGACAAAGAGCGGGAGCGAGAGAAGGACAAGGAUAAAGAGAAGUCCAAACGGGAGAAAGAAGUGGUUCAUGACGUUAGCGAAACUGGAAACAAUCAUGUUCAUAAGGAAGAGAAGAAGAAGGAUAAAGAAAGGGAGAAGGACAGGGAUCGUGAGAGGGACAAGGAUAAGAAAUACAGAAAACGCCACAGGAGUAGCAGUGAGGAUGCCGGUUCAGACAGGGAAGACAAAGACAAGGAGGAUUCAAAAAGGUCCCGCAGGCAUGGCAUUGACCACAAGAAGUCAUCUAGGAAGCAUGGCCAUGAGUCAGGGUCAGAUAGUGAGGCCAAACAUAAGCGGCAUAGGCGGGAUCGUGAUGGAACAAGGAGGAAUGGUGCUGCAGAGGAGUUGGAGGAUGGCGAACUUGGAGAGGAUGGCGAAAUCCGAUAGGCCCUCCUGUCCCAAAAAACCACCUCUUUCUGUGUGUUUGUUCUUGAGCCUCCCACACUCAUAUUUCUUUUGAUUUCCACCUUAGGGUGGAUCAGCAUUAGUAGCGAAGGUUAUAAAGAACUGUUAUUAUGUAGACAUAGGGUUGUGGAGCAUCGACCUUCAGAUUUGCAGUUAUCCAUCAGACUUGCUAACUUUGUGCAAUCAGAUUGCACGAAGUUUCUCCUCACUUUACAUCCAUCAAAAAUUUCGGAAUAUCUGCCAUUUUUUAGAGCAAUUGAUGGUCAUUUUUUUUGCAAGGUCUUAUUGUCUUUUGCGAGUUGUUUCAGCUUGAAACGAUUCAGGAUGCAUCCUAUUUGUUGGAAGACACAACAUGCAUUGUUGAUAACUAACCAGAUUAGUGAAACGAAUUUUUUAUUGGAGGUCUUC